AUUACACUGGUUUUCAUUCAAGCAAGGUGGGCAAAACACUGGAAUUGUGGUUGAAUACAGCUUGCCUCACCCAACGUCACCCCGUUCACCUGGAUUGGAUUUGGUGAAAACUUUAUUGGAAUAGUUGCCGAAAACGUGUGAGUUUUAGUGAAAGUUUUUCGGCGACGAAACAGCAAAGUUGCCGAAAUGGAUAGAGAAAUAGAGUAUUCGACCGAGGUGACGAAAAUUUACCACACAAACUAUGUUCGAAAUUCACGUGCGGUAGCAGUGUUAUGGGCUAUAUUUACCAUUUGUUUUGCCAUUCUGAAUAUCGUGGCAUUUAUUCAACCCCAGUGGAUCGGGGACACGGGGGAAAGCAACAAGGCUGGGUUCUUUGGCCUCUACCAAGCUUGCGAAGAGAACACAGGAGCUAAUGAUUUCGAGUGUACGGGAGACUUUAUCCAGUUUGAUACGAUUCUGAAUGGUUCGUUCAGAGCCGCUGCCUUCUUCGUUGGUGCCUCGGCGUUGCUGUUCCUCAUCUGCUGCUUAUGUCUGAUUCUGUUCCUGUUCUUGAACACCGCUACCGUUCUGAGAAUCUGCGGCUGGCUUCAGGUGAUCGGCGCUCUCUUCCUCAUCCUUGGCUGCAUUGUCUACCCCAACGGCUUUGACUCCCGCCUCGUCCAGGACAUCUGCUCCAACAGUGGAAGUUAUGACAUCGGCACCUGUGGCAUCCGAUGGGCGUAUAUUCUUGCCAUAGUGCUCAUCUUUGAUGCUGUGAUACUGGCUACGUUAGCGUUCGUUCUGGCAGCCAAACAAGCUAAGCUGCUACCCGAGGUGUAUGGGAAGAAGGAGAAAUCUGAGCUGAAUGGAUUUGCAAGCGACACUCUCUCCAAGAGAUCUGGAUUCCCUCCCUUGUCUGAGGACAGAUAUUCGGAAUAUUCCCAUCGUUCAGAGAAGUCUAAGCGUUCCAACCACUCCAGCAGAAUUGUGUAAAGUGUAUAUAUCAGAGUAUUUAGAUAUAUCAAUGGACUAGAUACUGCACUGUGACUGUCUGCCUUGUGACCUGCAACAAAACAGGAAGUUGACCUCCCUGCAUGCCGCAUUGCACAUGUCCCAACUCAUACAUGCGAAUCAUGAAAAAUAUCAUGACUGAUGCGAUAUUUUUAAGAACCUGAAUUUAUUGUUCUAAUUUCAAACUGCCACAACCUGUUUCAAAUUUCAGAAAAUGUAAAAAUCUUAUUAGUCCGAACACUUUGCUUUCUGAACUGUCUGUUUGACACAUCUUCAUCUGUACAGCCUCAAAGUUUAAGUCUGCUAACCCAAGACUACUCAAUUGUUCUCAGGACAAAAUUCCGAAGAUGGUUGUCCUUAACUUUUAGAAUUUGAAAGGUAUAAUUCUGAACUAUUCUUGUGCUUCAGUUUUGCUUCAAUUUGAAAUAAAUAUAACUCAGAGAAAAUGUAUAAUCAUUUUUGUCUCUCUGAAGCAGGACAAUCUUGAAGUGAACACAGGAUUUAAAACAUCCAUAUAUUCAGGGCUGCAUAUAUGAAGGUUAUCACUCCAUAGCAAAGAUUUGUUAAGACGAAUUCAAUAGAAUCGAAACUGUCCAGAGUACAGGAAUUUACUGUAUUAUUCUUUAGUCUCGGGCAAGGUACAUUGUGUGAGAGUCACAACCUGUACAGUCACACAACACAUAGAAAUAUUCUCCCACCAGAUGCUAGUGCUUAUCAACUAUCUGUAGCAGUAGACUGACGUAUAUGUGUGUGAUCUAACAAUGAUGGGCUCGUUAUAUGUGUGAUCCAUCAAUAUUUGUGUGAUCAAAUAUUUUUUAAACCUGACAUAUUUUCUGUAAAGUUAUUUAUGCUUUUACAGAUAUUUGAACCUCAGAGAAUCUAGUUAUGUUAUAUUUUACCCAUAGAUGUCGUAUGAACCACAAAUAACCGUGUUAUCUAAGCACAUAUAUUCAUGCAAACAUGAUCAUGCUGACAUACUCUGAGAUAAGCAUCAGAUUUUUUAAUUAGUUGGAAUCAAUUGUUUCCUCUAAAAAAAUAUAGCAUUAAUAAAACUUUUAUGUUACUUAAAUACAGAAAAAAUUUAAGAUAUUUUUUCAGGUUGGAUGUACAAAAUUAUAACUAAUCAACAAUAUAUUGCUGAAUAUGAAUUUUUUGUUUUGUUUUUUGUACUUUGAUAAUAUUUUUGAGACUUUUUUAAUGUUGCUUUGAUGUGUAAUGACAAGUGUGUGUCUUUCUGUCUGACGAUUCAGUGACAGUGACUGACGUUGAUGUUUCCAGAUCAUCACUGGAUGUACCAUGAUUGAUUUCACUCUACAUGUGUUUACCUGCUCCUGACCAUUAUGUACAUUAUUUGUAUAUUGUUUGUGUACACACCGAUGUAGAUAUACACUGUAUAUAGAUAUUCACAUUUAUAUACAUCAGAUUUAUAUCUUUAUAGUAAUAAUUUUAGUAAUCAAAGUCUUUGAUCUGUACUUCUCCCAGGGUAAAGAAAAAGAAGUUUGUUCAUGUCUUUUAUUUUUUUACAAGUAAAGCUACUAUUGGCUGUUCAAUUAUUCAUUUGCAGGUCUGUUGAAGAAAUUCCCACCCAGCAUAGCAUUCCAACUUCCCACAGAGUUUGGUGAAUGACAAUUAAAUUAGAUUUCUAUUUAUUUUUUAUGUUAUGUUCAAUGUUUAAAUUUGAUAUUGUGAAAAAAAUUUAAUCUGUAAACGAGCUCUUUUAAGCAAUGUAUAAUUUGAUAUGACUUAAUUGCAUGUACAUGUACAUACACAAACAAGCUUAGUCGAUGUGUGGUGGGACAUGAAGACAGAGCUCCCCACAGAAUGUCAUACUGUGUCAUUCCACGUCAGCAUCUCUUGCAAGCUGUGGGAUGUUUCACAACAUUUUCAUGUCAUCAAAUUUGCCAAAAUCUGGAUAUGCUAUCCUACAUUUGAUGUGAACAGAAUUAUCAUCAAACUAAACAUGUCAACCUUGAAAUAUUUGUAAAUUAAUGAAAUGCUCGAAUUAAAUAUCAAAAUUAU